CUGCUGGCCGGUGUCACCGGAACUGCCGCUUCAGGGUUCUGUUUUGUCCGCACUCGCUCGCCCGCUCUUGCUCUCUUAUGCUUUUUUUUUUUUGCAGGCAGCCAACAUGAUUGCAAACAUCGUGUCCCGGAGGGUUUUGCUCGGGAAUGCCGUCGCUUGCUGCACGGGGAAACGUGCACGCUCAUGGCCGCUUGCCUCCACCAGUCGCGGCAUCCACGUGGACGCGCCCCCGGUGAUUCCCACGCUGACGAGCAGUUACGCUCACGGCACGUCGUCCUUCUCUUUGCUCAACGCCACGGUGGGCGAGGCGCUGGUCCGGGCGGCCGACACCUGGCCCGACCGGGAGGCCGUCAUCUUUGUGCAGGACGGCGUGCGCAAGACCUUCGGCGACUUCAACCAGGACGUGGAGCGGGCCGCCUCCGGCCUUCUGGCCGUGGGCUUGCGUCCGGGUGAGCGCCUGGGUAUUUGGGGGCCCAAUACGUACGAGUGGCUGCUGAUGCAGUUCGCCACGGCCAAAGCGGGCAUCAUCAUGGUGUCCGUUAACCCGGCCUAUCAGCUGGAGGAGGCGGAGUUUGCCCUCAGGAAGGUGGGCUGCAAGGCGGUGGUGUGCCCGGAGGCCUUCAAGACCCAAAAGUACUGUGAAAUGUUGCGGCUCAUCUGCCCAGAGAUGGCCACGUGCCCCGCCGGAGACAUCCGCAGCAGCCGGCUGCCCGAUCUGCGCUGUGUGAUCGUGCUGGACGGCGGCCGCCAUCCCGGAGCCUUCAGCCUAGACCAGGUGCUGCAGGCGGGCGAUGGGCGCUCCCUGCGUCAACUGCACGAGCUCCGACUGUCCUGCGAUGACCCCAUUAACAUCCAGUUUACCUCGGGAACGACAGGGCAACCCAAAGGAGCCACACUGACGCAUCACAACGUAGUCAACAACGCUUUCUUUGUGGGCAAGCGUGUGGGCUUCGACUGGCAGCCCUCCACGCGAGUGUGCGUGCCCGUGCCGCUCUACCACUGCUUCGGCUCGGUGGGCGGCGGCAUCUGCAUGGCCGUCCACGGCAUCUCGCUGGUUUUCCCUUCGCCCUGGUACAGCAGCAAAGACAACCUGGACGCCAUGCAGAAGGAGAAGUGCACCUUUGUGUACGGGACGCCCACCAUGUACGUGGACAUGACCAGUCAGCCCGACGUGCACAAGUAUGACCUAUCGUCUGUGGUUGGAGGCCUCAUCGCAGGCUCGCCGUGCCCUCCCGAGCUGGUCAAACGCAUCAUCUCCACCAUGGGCAUCAAGGAAAUCACGGCCCAUGCCGUCCAGCUGGAGCCUCUCCAGGUAGCGGCCGAAAGAGCUGUAGGCGCGCUCGGGGAUGCUCUUCAUGGGGUUCCCGCCCAAGGCCAGCUCCUCCACCACGCGCAGCUUGCUCAAGGCAGCAGCGGGGUAGACGGCCAGCUGGUUGCGCUCCAGGUGCAGCGCGGCCAGGUUCUCCACAUCGUCCAGGGAUCCGGCGUGGAGCGUGCUCAGCUGGUUGCUGCUCACGUGCAGCCAGCGCAGGUCCUUGGCGCCGGCGAAGGUGCCGGGGCGGAGCUGGCGGAGCUUGUUGUCGUCCAGGCGCAGCACAAAGAGGUUGACCAGAGGCGAGAAGACGCCUUUGGCCAGCUCGCCGAUGCGGUUGUGGUCCAGGUGCAGGUAGGUGAGCCGGCUCAGGUCUCGGAAGGCGUCGGGCUGGAUGCUGGCGAUCUGGUUGUGCGAAAGGUACAGGUACACCAGCUGGCUCAGGCCCUUGAAGGCGUUGGCCGCGAGCUGGCGCAGCUGGCAGUGCUGCAUGUGCAGCGACACCAGGCCGCCGCUGUCGGCGAAGGCGGCGCCCGGAACGCCGCCCAGCGGGUUCCUCUGCAAGUUGAGCAGCCGUGUGGACGCCGACACGCGUGGGAUCUUCUUGAGGCCCGCGCCCUCGCAGAUGACGUGCUGCAGGUCGCCAUGGCAGUGGCACGGGCUCGGGCACUGGCCGGGUGCAGCCCCGGCCGUCGGGAAGCUCGCCAGCAGCAGCAGCAGCAGGCAGCUCACGCGCCGCAUCUCGUCCUCGGACUGAGCCGCCCGACUUUGGGGCGCCGGCAAAAGAUCGGAUACGGCACCACGGAAAACAGUCCCGUCACCUUUUGUGGCUCGCCAUUGGACAACAUGGACAGGAAGUGCAACACGGUCGGUUACAUCAUAGACCAUACGGAGGCCAAAAUCAUCAACCCCUCCAACGGGCAGCUGCUUCCGUUGGGAUCUUCCGGUGAGAUCCUGAUCCGAGGCUACUGCGUCAUGUUGGGCUACUGGAACGACCCGGACAAGACCCGCGAGUGCAUCGGCGAAGACGGCUGGUACAAGACCGGGGACAUCGGCAGCUUGGAUGCGUUCGGCUACUGUCGCAUCGAAGGCCGCAUCAAGGACCUCAUCAUCCGAGGAGGCGAAAACGUCUACCCUGCCGAGAUCGAGCAGUUCUUGCACACGCACCCCAAAGUCAAUGAAGUGCAGGUGGUGGGCGUGGCGGACGCCCGCAUGGGCGAGGAGAUUUGCGCAUGCAUCAAAGUGAAGGAUGAGCAGGAGUUGAGCCAAGAGGACGUCAAGGCUUUCUGCAAGGGGAAGAUUUCUCACUUCAAGAUUCCUCGCUACGUCAUGUUUGUCAGCAGCUUUCCGCUAACCGUCACCGGAAAGGUCCAGAAGCACCAACUCCGCCAGGAGGCGGAGGAGCGACUGGGACUCGCCGAGGCCGUGGCGUCCGCCCGUUCCGAUGACACCUCAGCGUGACGGCUGUCCGUCGUCGUUGCCAUUAGAGAAUGAAAGAUGAAUGACACUCUCCGACGUGGCAAAGUCGCUCAUUCGGACCCCCAUCGGUCAUUUGUCAGCUGUCACCUGACGAAAAUGAGCUGGUCGGCCGCCAGUCACCCACUGCUCCUCCCCUCGUUGCCCCUACCUGUCUGUCCCGACUCAGCCAUGUUUGUUUGCGGAUGGAACACAGGAGCCGGCUUGUGUGCUGCGCUAUCAAAAUAAAGCUUUAAUACUGUCA